AUGAGCGUUGCAGCGGCCACUGGUGCCGUAAGCACGCAGCAUCAUCAAGCAACUGCGGAACAAAUUCGUCUUGCUCAAUUAAUUGAUGAUAAAAAACAUGAUCAACCUGAGGUACAAGAGAUUAUUCGCAAAGUCCUUGAUGUUGUGGCAAAUUCAAAUCAAGAAGAUGCUUUAGUAGCCCUAUUCGAUUGUGAUUAUGAUUAUGAAAAAGCUGUUGCAUUACUUAUUGAAAAAGGUCACGAUGUAGCUAGUGAAUGGCGUACUGCAACAAAUCAUAAAAUGACAAAAAAACAACAACAGCAACAAAAGACUGCAUUAAAUAAAAAUGGACAUGGAGGUGAUGAACCAGAUGAGAACGGGCAGCAACGUGAUGGUUCUUCUUAUCGAGGUAAAUCACGUGGUGGCCGCUCAAGAUUUCAACAGCAACAAAAUGGAAGUGACCCUCAAAAUAAUAAUAAUCAACAACAGAAUGAUAAUAAUAUAUCACAACAAAGACAACGCGGUGGAAGUGGUUAUCGAGGUCGUUAUCGUGGUAGUAAUCGAGGUGGGUAUCGUGGAAAUGAUAGAAAUUAUCCACAGCAACAACAUGAACAACAAUCACAGGAUGCAAACAUCGAUAGUUCAUUACCGUCAGAUAUGUCACAAGGUUUUACUGAUGUAUCACAAACAAAUCGACGAGGUGGUAGUAAUGGUAAACAACGGCAAUGGGAUGUAGGUAAUUGGAAUGGUGAAACAGUAGUUUAUUCCAGAACAUCAAAAGAUGAUGAACAAUUUUCAAAUUUAGACGAAAAUAAUGUAUCAAAUACAUUACAUGCUCCAUCUGGAGUACCAAAUGGUCAAACAUCUUCAUUAGGAAUAUCGACAGGAAAUAAUAAUUCUGAACAAAACUCUCACCAAAAAUUGAAACCUGAAUUUGAUCCAAUAGAAGCAGCUCGUCAGAUUAAAAAUGUUAUUGGUAUUGGUCAGUCACAACAACAGCAACAACAACCAAAUGCUCCACCUAAACCUCUUAUGGAUUUAAAACCAUUAAUGAAUGAUCAACAACAGAAUAUAGGAUCAUCCAAAUCAUUUGGUCAAAAUAUAAAUACAAAAGUAACACCUCCACCAACACAACGCAUUCCACAUCAACCAGUGAUUUUUUCUGAUCGUUUCGAUGGUGGAAUGAAUAAGAUAGAUGUACAGUUUGGUAGUUUAAGUGAAACAUUUGAAGAUACAUCAUCACAUAAUACCUCAAUACCUAUAUCUUCUUCAUCAUCAUCUGCAUUUUAUCAACGUUCUCAACCAGUAACAUCGGUAUCAAAGCAGAACAAUACUUCAUCAUCAAUUCAAAAUUCUCAGCGACCAUCAACAACAGCAUCAACGGUACAACAUCAACCGACUGAACAGCCUUCGUUUAUUUCGCCAACAUCACAUUCAAAUUUAACUCGUCCAUUUGAACAACAACCGGUGAUCAAUCAACAACGUAUAUUACCAUCACAAAUACAACAAUCACAGCAACAACAACAACAACAGCAGCAACCGUCAAUGACAAUGAAGCCAGUUGUACCUCCACAAUAUGCUUUACAUCAUCAACAACAUCAGAUGAAUGCACCAAAUUUACUUUUACAAUCUUUACUUUAUCAUCAUCAACAACCACAAGAGGCAGUACCAUUAGAUAAUUCUUAUGAUCCAACAGCAUUUCAAUUGCCAUCAAUUGAUUUCAAUACACCAUAUUAUAUGGCAGCACCUAUGAGUCAACAACCACCACAACAACAAACUCAAGCGCGUUAUCUUGUAUCUCAAGCACUACCUCCGCAACAACAACAACAGCAACCACAAACAUCGUCAAAUCGACAACAAUCAUCUGGAAAUGUUCAAACACCACCAUUACCAAAUUCAUCAUCGUCAUCAUCUGUACCAUCUUCAUCAACAUCAACUACACUACCAACAGCUCCUAAAAAAGGACCAGCUGUUCCACCAGGUAUAUUUCUUUCUACAGCACCACCAACUCAACCAGCAUAUUCAACAGCUUAUUCAACAACAUAUGGGAUUCCACCACCAGCUGGAGGACAACAAACAGGUGCAGCAACUUAUUCAACACCAUAUGAUGCUGAGCAUUUAUUUACAAAUGCAUUUAUGCAAUUAACUAAUGCACAUCAAGCUCAAUCACCAUCAGGUGCAUAUGGUUCUGUAACACCACCUGUUCAACAACAAAAUCAACAACAACAACAAGCACAUAAUAAUAAUGAUAAUAAAACAAUGAAUUAUCGAGCUCCAAUUACUGAAAAUCUUUUAUUAUUACAACAAUAUCAACAAUAUGCUAUUCAACAAUCGAACAGUCAACAACAAGGUCAACAAGCACCAGCACAUUCACCUGCUCCAUUGAGUUAUUUUCUUGGACAUCCACCUAGUGGACCAAGUUAUUCACCAGGACCACCAAUUAUGUAUGCUCAGCCAACAACAGCCAUGGCACAACAACAACAAGGUCCUAAACAACAAGGACAACAAUAUAAUCAAAAUAAUUCUGUAUCAGGUAUUGGUGUAAAUGAUGAUUAUUAUAGUCGUGGUUCAUCAUCAGCAUCAAAUAAAGAUACACAGUAUAUGUAUACAAUGCCAGCACAACCUCAACAAAUGCCACCACCAUCAUCAGGUCAACAACAUCAAGGUGUGAAUAAACAACAACAACAACAACAACAACGUGCUACAAGCAACGUUUAUAAUAAUCAACAAAACCAACAACGUCCAUUUCAAUAA